AUGCCAAAUAGUGGUAACAAUAACACUACUACCACUAAAUCCAAUCGGAACGUUGCUGAUAGCAAUAACCAUAAGCAAUUGGAUAAUUCCGCCACUUCUUCCUCUUCUGGAUUUGAAAGAGGUCACAGCACCACUAAUAGUGCAAAGUUAACCAAGAAGGAUGACAUAUUUGUAGCCUCUGCUGCGAAAAAUCCUUCUGAAUUUCCGCUUCCAAAUAAUGUAGGCGCUAUUAAUUCGGUUCCACUAGAAAAAAUUCACCCCGAUGAUUGCAAAAAUCUAGUAUCAAGAAAUAUUAAUAAAUACGAUACCUCUAUUUCCAAUCCCAACGAAACUAGCAACGAUCAACACAUUGAUGCAAUUGCUUCGAACAAAGCAACAACUGACUCCUUGACCGAUUUCUUAAAUAAACAUCAAAAUAAACAAGGUAGUCAAUAUCCAUGGAAAGCUAUUGCUGGGUUUGAUGCCAAUCCUAAUACCGCUUCUGACAGCAAUGGUAAAGGUAUUGGUAUCAGCAUCAACGGUGAUUCUUCUGUUAUUAAAUCAUAUGUUGAAGAAUAUUUCUAUGCUGAUUACUACUAUAAUUUCGCUCUGAUUAUAGGUACUUGCUAUUUCUCCUGGCUUUUCGCUUAUUUGGGUUUUUCAUGGCUUUCAUUAAUGAUUGUUUUUUUUUGUACUGCUUCUGUCUACAGAGCUGAAUUCCGUCGUUUUAACAGAAAUUACCGAGACGAUUUAAAAAGAAUCACUAUCCAUGAGGAUUUAUCUGGCAAGGUGGAAACCACCAUAUGGUUGAACUCUUUCUUGAGUAAGUUUUGGAUUAUUUAUAUGCCGGUUUUGUCCCAACAGGUUAAAGAUAUUGUCAACCCAAUUUUGAAAAGUGUCACUCCAGGUUUUGGUAUUGAUGCGUUAACUUUAAACGAGUUUACUUUGGGUACUAAAGCUCCUACUAUUGACAGUAUAAAAUCGUACACAAAGAAGGGCAAAGACAUUGUGGAAAUGGAUUGGGCAUUUUCUUUCACUCCAAACGACACUUCAAACAUGACCGCAAAUGAAAUUAGAGCAAAGGUAAAUCCAAAAAUUGCCCUUGGUAUCACCAUUGGUAAGGGUGUUGUUUCUAAAACUUUGUCUGUUUUGGCUGAAGAUAUCAACUUUGCUGCAAAAGCUCGUAUCACCUUGAACCUAUCAGAUAACUUUCCCAACAUUAAGAUUGUUUCUGUGUCCUUAUUGGAACCACCAUUGGUAGACUUUGCUUUGAAACCAAUUGGAGGUGAUACCCUAGGUUUAGAUAUUAUGUCCUUCUUGCCAGGUUUAAAAAGUUUUGUCAAAUCCAUGAUUGAUUCUAAUGCAGGACCAAUGUUAUACGCUCCUAACAAAUUAGAUAUUAACGUUGAAGAAAUUUUAGCUGCCAGUGCCAAAGAUUGUUUGGGUAUUGUUGCUGUUACAGUUUCUAAAGUUGAUCACUUAACAAGAUCAGCCAGUCCGUACAUUUCUCUCACCACCGAAUCUGGUUCGUUUAAUAAUGUUGCUCCGGAAAUCCACACAUCCACAAAGAAGAAAGUUCAGGAAAGCUGUUCUUGGAACGAAACCAAGUUUCUUUUGGUCAAUUCAUUGGAACAAAAAUUGUUGAUCAAAUGUUUAGAUGCUGCUACCGAUGAUGCCGAUUACACCGACAAAUUACUUGGUGAAACCGAUUUUGAUUUACAUGAACUUUUGCAAAAAGAUAUUUUCGCCAAUAAAACUGUUAAUUUAAAGAAAGGUACUAGGAGCACUGGUACUUUGACCUAUUCAAUCCAAUGGUACCCAGUAGUUUCUGUCUCAGAUAAGUCCGAUCAACAACAGAAAGAGGUUACGCCAUCAAAGUCAAACACCACUACCGCUGGUAUUGAAGACUACGAUGAAUUUGAUGACGAUAUUGACAAUGGUGCUGAUGUCGGUGUCUUGAAAAUGACGCUACAUAGCAUUGUUAACUUAAGCACUUCUUCUUCUCCAUAUGGUAUUUUGAACCCAAGUGUCGAGUUAUAUGUUGAAGAUGAAUUGAUCAAAGCUUUCAGAACUAUAAAACGUACGAACGAACCAUCUUGGGAAGAAAUUAUCGAAGUUUUAAUCCCAUCCCGUUCCAGUUCAGUCUUACGUUUAUCUGUUUUUGAUAAUCAAUUUAAAACGAAAACCAAGAUUUGUGAAUAUGUUGGUACUACACGUGAUUUACUCGACCAUUGGAAGGCAAAUGAUUUUAUGUUUCAUGGUUCACCCUCCGGUGAUAUUAGAUUAAGUGGUAUUUGGAAACCUGUUAAAAUUGAUUCCUUGGGCAAGGCUAACGGAAAGAACAAAAAAUUGACCACGUCUACAUUGGGGACUGUUAGAUUACAUAUUCGUGACGGUGUUUUCUCGUCAAGCGACCUUUCUGGUGUCGGUGAUAUUGAUCCAUAUGUUGUUGUUAGUUUGGGUAGAGAGAUCAAGUAUAGAUCUCACUAUUUUAGUGAAAAUAAAACUCCAGUUUUUAAUAGUUUAGUUUAUUUGCCUGUUUUGAACGGGAACGAAACCGUUACUUUGUCAUUUUAUGAUUACCAAUCUGUUGGUAAAGAUAGAUACAUUGGCAAUUACUCCUUUACUGUCUCGCAAUUAUUAAAAAAAGACUCUUCUACUGGCAGAUAUGUUUUGUUUGAUGGUUCUAAGGAUAUUAUCACUUGUGGUAUCCGUACUUCUGAUGGGAUCUCCAAAAAAAGUUUGGCACAUAUUUCAUUAUCUUUUCUUCCAGCAAUCCCUGUAUUUUCGCCAAGUGAAUUGCAGGAAGUGAAAGAAACUGAAAAGAGGAUUGCUGAACACGAACAAAAAUUUAAAAUAGAACAAGCUGAACUACGUGAAAAAUUGGAAAAGUGCCCAGAUGAUUAUGAAGUUGUUGAAGUUUCUGAUGAUGAUGAUGAAUUGGUUAAAAAAUUACACCGUAAAGAGCAGAUGACUCUAAAACAGUUACUUGACUUCAAUUCAGGUUCUUUGUCUUUUGAAAUUUUAAACGGGAAAGGGUUUUCUCCAGGUUCUUACAUAAACAUUGUAUUCGAUGAUAUUUCUUAUCCCUCUUUUGUUUCCAGUAGAAUUGGCAGUAGUGUCUCUGGGUUAUCGCAGGCUUCUGGGGUCCAGUUCAUUCGUGAUUUGAAACAUAGUGUUGCCACGAUUAGAUCCACUAAGAAACGUGUCGCCAAGGACAACGAUGAUGUUAUUAAGGAAUUUACCAUUGACACCAUGGAUUUAUUGGAAAAAUGCUAUUCUGAGCCGGGUGUCAUCAGGGGUUCUAAUGGUUUAAGUCUUGAGUUUAGAUGUGUUUACGUUCCAUGUGCUUUAACAUUACCAGAUAGCGAAACCAUUCGAGAUACCGGUGAGUUAAAGGUUCAUCUUGUUAGUGCUGAAAACGUGCCAUCUCAUGAUAGAAAUGGUAAAUCGGACCCCUUUGUUGUUAUAACUAUUGAUGGCAUUAAAGUAUUUAAGAGUAAUAUUGAAAAAAAGACUUUGAAUCCUACUUGGAAUGAAACCACACUUAUUACCCUUCCUUCCAGAUCAAGAUCGAGAAUAACUGUCGAAGUAUACGACUGGGAUAGGACAGGUUCUAAUGACUUUUUGUGUUCUGCCAAUUUGCCAGCUGAGCGUAUUAAAGCAGGACAUCAUCAGGAUUGGAAGCUAUCCUUGAAACCGAAAGGUACGAUAUUUAUUAAAACGCAUUUUAAGCCACAAUACAUGAUUGCAAAGGCUGAUAUUUUUUCUGCUAAAUCAGCCAAAUAUUCAAACUUUGUUGGUGCAGGUGUUGGUGCAGGUGUUGGUGCUGUUACUGGUGUUGCUGAUGCGGGUGUCGGUGCUGUUACUGGUGUUGCCAACAUUGGUGUAAGUGGUGUAACAAAAGGUGGGCGUUUCUUGAAAAAUAUAGCCACUGGUAGGAAAUCACAAGAAGUCCAGAGACCAUCUAUGGAUGUGAGUAAUAGCAAGAGAGCUUCAAGUGAGCACAAAAGAAUGUCUGUUGACAGGAAAAGAUCUACUUCCAGGAAAGUUUCUACCAGCAGUAAUGAUAAAAGUGCACGUAUGUCGCAUAGCAAAUCUAGUUCUAGUCCUGCACAUAGAGCCUCGAUGGAUUAUGACCCAACCGUUCCAAAUCAAGAGUAUGCUCCAGUUCCAGGACCAGACUCUCCUUCCAAAAUGCAAGAUGGUGAUGCGACUAACAAGAGAGCUGUUUCUAGUGCUAGCAGUUUUGCAAGGACUUUGGCCCCCAAUGGUACUUAUGCAGGCACUGUCACCGUUUUAUCAGCAGAAAACCUGGGUUCCAGUGUUCAAAUUAAAGUCUCCUUAACACAAGGGGGUAGAUUAAAGACAUUGCAUAAAACGGAUAAAGUUAAAAGUAAUAAAGAUGGUGUUGCUACGUUUGGCGAUUCUGUUUCCUUUAAGGCAUCUCCAGAGGCAAACUUGGUGUUUGGUGUUAUUGUUCAUCACACUUUUAGUAAGGAUACUGAACUGGGUGCCGCUCAAAUUAACUUGAACGAUCCUCAAAUUCAACAGGAAGGUCAAAUCAUGAUAAGACUCGGUAAGGGUCAAAUUAUGCUGAAAAUUGAUUAUGGCAGUAAUACACCACCAGUUCCAAAAAUUCCAAAAGAGUUUAAAUGA